AUGCUGCGGACAUGCAAGCGCAAUGACUGGGCGUCGUUCGACCGGCUAUUGAGCAGUGCAUCUCCCGUAUGUGCCCCCUCCGUGGCAGACACUAACCUGUCAACUGUGCUUCCCAGCGGCUACGAAGAUGAUCCGAUUGAUCGCUUUAUGCCAAUGCGGGACGUUGCCGCCGCGGGAUGCCGCUACUGGAAUCGUGACGACAAGCUCCAAGUGCUGACACUGUGGCGCGCUUGGAAAAAGUUCGUUCGAUAUCGAGCUCGACUGCGGCGCAACGUUGUAUGGAUGCUUGUACGGCGAAGUCACGGUUGGUUUACACAGUGGGUGAAAUACGUGGCCUAUCGCUCGGGCAAGCGAUUGCAUAUAGCGCCAGCCAUCAAAGAGCUUGGCCACAUGUUGGAUCAGUCCCGGCAACGGCGGUCGUGGAUGGCUUGGAGCCGUGCCUUGACCCUAGAACAUACGAGUCGCGUCCACCGCCACAUACUUUUGCGACGACAACUUGCCACCAUAUGGGGCCAGUGGCUGACCUACAACCUGGGCAUCCAGCGCAGACGUAUUCGCCAUCACAUGUCCAUGCAUCUCUUCAUGGGUAUCAUGUGGCAGCGGUGGAAACGGGGAUUGCGAGUGCAAGUACAUCAACGGCUCCAAGUGUCGUACAUGUUGCACUGGAAAGCCAAGACGAGACUUCGGUCUUGGAGCGCCCUGGCCACCCAUUCCCGCCGCAUGGAGCGCUGUCUUGUUCGAUGGACCAUCCAGUCCACUCGCGAUACACUGUGGCAUACGUGGUAUGUCUGGCUAGCGUAUGGCGUCCGUCGUCGCCGCCAGAAAAAGUGGGUGGAACAAGCACGGCGAUGGAACCUUCAACAGUGGUGGCUGCGGUGGCGACGUAGUGUCCAGGCUCUAGGCAAAGUGAACCAGCGGCUGGCGGUAGCCAGAUUGCACCAUGUUCGAACCAUUAAAGCCAAAAGCAUGCAGCACUGGCAGCAACAAGUAGUUGUCAUGACGACCCUCGAUCGUUUUUGCAAGAAUUUCCAUCGUCACACGGUGAUGACGUCCACGUGGCAUGCGCUGGAAGAGCUGGUGCGUCGCCGAGACGCGCACCUUCAUCGCAUGGCCAGGUUCCGCGCACAUCAGCGACUACAAUUGUGGAUUCAACGAGCGCUGCACACAAAGCGGCGCCUUCGACGAUUGGAGCAAUCUGUGCAUGCAGCAUGGACAUUUCUGCGACUCUACCGCCGGUGGGUCGAGUGGCGCCAGCAUUUUGCCUCUCGACAGCAGGGACAUGCCAUUGAUACCUUAUACACUGACCGGUUGAUGCAUAAAGUGAUGGCGCAUUGGAAGGCGGCUGUGGCGCGUCGGCAGCGCUUGCGGCAUCACAUUGCAACCAGUCAAGCGAAUCGAUCGAGUCAGCGAAAGUGUUUCUUGUUUCAAGCGUGGAAGCAACAUCUCGUGCAAGUCGAGAACCAACGGCAAAAAGUGAUAUUUUUGCGUUAUCGGCACGACCAAUUGUUGGCACGACGGGCACUAUACGCGUUACAUCAGUACCGCCGAUGGCAGCAGCGCCAGCGCUAUUGCAUGCUUCUCGCCCGACGUCACUACGAUCACGUACUACGAUCCCGAUACGUUCCACUAGCGUUGUUUGAAUGGAAAGCGGUGCUUGAAGACACCCUUGCGUUGCAGCACUUGUGGACGUCCCAACUACACACGAUUCACAAAUACUGGUCACGUAAAUUCGUACUGCGGCUGUGGCGUCGAGUGACCACAUGUCUCCACAUGGCGAGGCAAUGUAGCCGUCGCCAGCUCGUGGAUCGAGCUUCCAGCAUGCUGCGGGCAUGGAGAAGGCUCUGUGUCGCCCAGCAAGGCCGCCGUCAGUCCUUGCUAAUCUUGACCCAAGAGCAAGGCCAUCGUCGACGGUGCUAUGCGUGGAUCAAGUGGCGGAAUCGUACCGCCCAACUUCGCGCGGCGAGGGAGGAAGCCGACCGUCGCUACUGGCGCCGGCGUCUUGUGGGACUGCUAUCGUGUUUUGUUGCAUGGGUGCAGCGGUAUAAAGGUCGCAAGCAGCUGUGGCAACGAGCGGUGGCGUAUCGUAUCGACACGCUGCGGAAGGGUUCGACGUCGGCUUGGGCUCGCUGGCGACAGGCGUACAGUGUUCGACAAGGGCGUAAAGACCGAGUGGUGGCGAUGAUUCAAAGGAAUGACCAUCGAUGCAUGCGGCGGCAUUUCAAAGCCUGGCGGCGACGUACGUGGACAAGCCACGAGGUCGCGAAGUGUCUUGCCGUUCGAGCGAUGACAUUUCGUCAUCAAGUGUGCCUUGUAUGGGCCAACUUGACGUCGCGCCAGCGCUACAUACGCCAAAUUCUAGCUAUGCAAGCCAAGGAAGUGCUUCGCCGCCAAUUACAUCGGGGUGUGCGGCAGUGGACUGUGCACUUUGCCCAGUGGCAGCAUCUCCGAGACUGGCAGGUUCAACUGGUGCAUUCCGCUGCAUCGAGGCGGUGGUACUUUAAAUGGCGCGCACUGUUUCAGCAAAGGCAAGCGACGUUGCACGGGAUCUUCGCCCGUCGGUUGGCCAUGAAACGCAGGUGCUGGGUUCUGUGGAAAUGUGUGGUCAGUCAGCGUCACCAGAUGGUACAAGCUGAGGCCGACGCCGUCGAGUGGCGGCGUCGAUGGAUGCUGCGCCUUCGAUGGCAGUUGUGGCAUCUGUACGUCAUAGGGCGGAGACAUUCCUCUCAACAGUAUCGCAUCGCUUCGACCCAACACUGCCGUUUUCGACUCAAAACCACCGUGGCCAAGCUCCGCGAUAUGUGUUAUUUCAACCACCUGAUGCGAUCUGUGCACCAACACGUGACCCGCCGACAUUUGACGGCGUGGGCGGCUCACGCAUCAACUGCAUCGGUUCGACGCCAUCGAGCCAGCGCUGCCAAGAGCCACAUGCGGCGAUGGCGCGCACGACAAAGCACAUUGUUGUGGCAUAGCCAAGCCCAAGGUCGAACAAAGUUGCACGCAUGUUUGCAUGUGGCUAGUCGACGACGCCGCCACAGUCGGCUACGGCAAGUAUGGCAUGUGUGGCGACUCUUGAUCCACCCCGCCAUGCAACGAAAGGACAGUAGUACCAUCGUGGUGAAACAGCGUCGUGGCUUGCGAUUGUGGACGGAUUUUGUGCACUCUAGACGGCGUCGUCGCCAGCUCGAACGAGUGGCUGAUACGCACCUCAGACUAGUCCAAUUCGAUCAUGCCUGGCGAUCGUGGUUACACUUCCAUCAACUUCAACAUACUGCCGUGAAAUUGAUGGUGCACCGUCGGGCGAAGUGGUUCGUACAUUGGCAAAAGGUACUGCGUUCGCUAAAACGUCGCGCCCGUGGGGAGUUUGCCCUUGUCGCACGAGCGUUCCAGGGUUGGGGGUUGGCAGUUCGAGUCCAUUUACGCGCUCGCGUCGGGUUAUGGUGUGUCCUGAAUCGUCUUCAGCUGGCCUCAGUGUUGUGGCGGUGGAAGGUUGACACUGCAAGGCGGCAAAAAGUGCAAUUUGCAGUGGCGAAACGGGACCGCCAAGUGUUGCGGACGAGCUUUCAAGCGUGGUUCCAGGCUGUGACCGUGCUCUGGCUGCGGCGAUAUCAUACGAAUCGGCGGUGCAGAGACGUCGUUCGAUCGUUGCUGCGCCGGUGGUUUGGCGUGGCGGGGCAACUCCGAAUUCGACGCAACCGACGACAACGUGUGUGUCGAACUGUGUUAGCAACGUGGUUUCGAUUUACAUAUGUCCACCAAGCCAUUGCAACAUUGGCAGGGCGUCGACGUGGUCGGUCGGCGAUGGCUGUGCUUUGGCGGUGGAAGAAAGUGGUGGCCAUUGGACAGUCUAUUCGCCUGGCUCGGCUCAACCGCACACGACACUUGUGGGCGGUUUGGGUCGAGUUUGCCAAUGACAGAGCAUCGCAAAGACGCACGUACAGCAUGCUCUGUCGGGUGCUGGAGCGGGAGCAACUCAUCGACCGAUCCGUGGCAUUCCAACAGACGAUACGAAUGAAGGACGACCUACGCAGAGAUCGCGAUCUCUUGAGGCUUGUGGUUCGAGGGUGGCACUGCCACGUGGUGAUGUCGAAGCGGCAAGGACGUUUGGUUCCAUAA